CCCAAAUAUGAACAACACCAUCCAAUAAGUCUUCAGUGAAGUAUAUUGGCAUCUCCUCCCAAUGCCACUGCCUCAAACUCUAGACCAGAUAGUCAGAAAAGACAUGGCUAAGACAGGAACAUGGUUGGACCUUCAGGUCAACACUGAGAGUAUUGCUGUUGAAAUGGGUGAAGCCAUUCUUGAAGACUUAUCGGAAGACAUCAUAAUAAGCUGCACAACUGCAAUUUCAGAACCCGAUCAUUCUGCACUUCUUGCUUAGGUGAGAGGAAGAGAAGUAGCAGCAAGUUAAUGACUUGCAAAAGUUAACUGACUCAAUUUUUCACACUCCAAAUCAAUAAUAUAGCCCCAUCUCAUGCCACGGUGAACCAGAAAGUAAGCUGAAUCAGUUCUUCUUCACCAUAGGAUGGGCUCACCAAGGUUGAGGGGCUUCAUUUAAAUCUCCCUUUUCUGUGGAUUGAUAUGAUGGCUUUUCCUAACCUUGCCACUUGAAAUCAUGUAGAUACCACGGGAAGACCUAACAAACAGCAGCACGAAUCCAUUUGGGCUGUUCCCUGCAAGAAUAAACAGUAAAUCCCUGUGGUUAUUUUCUGUGAGCAUUGACUGUUUGAUCUUGGUUCGCAGAUGACAACAAAGCUAUA